AUGUCACCCCUGGAAGAUGCAAUACCUCACAGCAAGAUGUCACCCCUGGGAGAUGCAAUAUCUCACAGCAAGGUGCCACUCCUGGGACAUGCAAUAUCUCACAGCAAGGUGUCACCCCCAGAAGAUUCAGUAUCUCACAGCAAGGUCCCACCCCUGGAAGAUGCAAUAUCUCACAACAAGAUGUCAGUCCUGGAAGAUGCAAUAUCUCACAGCAAGAUGUCACCCCUGGAAGAUGCAAUACCUCACAGCAAGGUGCCACCCCUGGAAGAUGCAAUAUCUCAUAGCAAGGUGUCACCCCUGGGAGAUGCAAUAUCUCACAGCAAGGUGCCACCCCUGGGAGAUGCAAUAUCUCACAGCAAGGUGUCACCCCCAGAAGAUUCAGUAUCUCACAGCAAGGUGCCACCCCUGGAAGAUGCAAUAUCUCACUGCAAGAUGUCACCCCUGGGAGAUGCAAUAUCUCACAGCAAGGUGUCACCCCUGGAAGAUGCAAUAUCUCACAGCAAGAUGUCACCCCUGGAAGAUGCAAUAUCUCACAGCAAGAUGUCACCCCUGGGAGAUGCAAUAUCUCACAGCAUGGUGCCACUCCUGGGACAUGCAAUAUCUCACAGCAAGGUGUCACCCCCAGAAGAUUCAGUAUCUCACAGCAAGGUGCCACCCCUGGAAGAUGCAAUAUCUCACUGCAAGAUGUCACCCCUGGGAGAUGCAAUAUCUCACAGCAAGGUGUCACCCCUGGAAGAUGCAAUAUCUCACAGCAAGAUGUCACCCCUGGAAGAUGCAAUAUCUCACAGCAAGAUGUCACCCCUGGGAGAUGCAAUAUCUCACAGCAUGGUGCCACUCCUGGGACAUGCAAUAUCUCACAGCAAGGUGUCACCCCCAGAAGAUUCAGUAUCUCACAGCAAGGUCCCACCCCUGGAAGAUGCAAUAUCUCACAGCAAGGUGUCACCCCUGGAAGAUGUAAUACCCCACUGCAGGCCAACAUCCCCAUAG